AUGCGCAGUGGUGCGAUUGCCAUUUUGAGAAGGUGGAUGGGGAGUAUCGCUGUGAAUGGGCACCUCCAGAAGCGCAUUGGCUACCUGCUCCGCUGUCGGCCUGGCGGUCUUGAGAUCCAGACCCAUCCCGGACCAAGCAACCCGUCGCGCGUUUUCCGCCUUGUCCUGCCCCUCUCCAGCCACGAUCAUGGGCACGCCCUCUGCGAUGCCCUGCGAGACCGCCCCGUACCCUCCAUUGUGCACCCAGACGUCGGCGUAGGGGAGCACCGCACCGUACCGGAGGUAGUCGACGACGCCGACUCUCAUGCUUUCCUCUUGGCCCAGCCGAGUCACUGCCUGCAGAGUUGGGACGAUCAGCUCGUUCGCGUCCGCCUCGACGGUCCCCUGAGUCACGACUACUACCUUGCUCCUGGUCGGCUCCCGGGCCGGCAGCUCUGCGUUGGCAACGAAGCGCUUCCACCACGGUAUAUCCCUGACCUCGGCCUCGCUGACACCCCUGCGACCCUUCGGCAUAGGCAGACCGAUGAAUUGAAAUCGCCCCGGUGGCCAGUCAUCGCGCGGAUAUUCGAAGCUCCCCAACCCAAAUUGCAGAAUCGAGUCGUGGCAGGUGUAGUUGGCACCCUCCAGAAAGAGCUGCUUCGUCCUCCGCCUCCCGCCCGCCUGCAUGAUCUUGGCGUCGAGGUACGACCCCAUCUCGGCCCCGACGCCCCUGCCCCACUCAUCCCACAGCUCCGCGGCCCUGGCCUCCCCGGCCGGCGAAGGGUCGUACGGCAGCGCGCAGUAGAACGGCGGCUGCAGCCUCGUCCGGAUCAUGGGCGGCGUCACCGAAACGCAGAUGGUCCUGGGCUCGGGCACCCCCGGCGGGAGCCCCGCGCCGUACUUGAGAGGCAGGAUCCCGUGCACAAACGCCUCGCAGAUCACCACGACCUGCCUGUCCGCGUCGCGGGCGUGCAGCGCGGACAGGACCUCCUUGAUGCAUUCCCAUUGAUCCGGGAUGGUAUCGUAGCACUGCACCCGCGUGUCCGAGAGGAUGCGGCGCAUGUGGACCGAAACACGCCCACCAACGCCAUCGCAGAGGGCGGCCUGGGUUCCUACCAGGUCGUUAAUGUCCGCCUUGCCUCUGAGCGGGAAGAACUCGCAGCCCGCGGACCCGAUCUUGUCUCUAUGGGCCGUAGGACCGAUGAAUCCAACGUCCCAGCCCUGUGGCAAGAGGGCGCCUGCCACGCUCAGCAUCGGCGUUAUGUGGCCAGUCAGCGGAUGGCUGAGUAUCAAAUUUCGAGGAGCUAG